AUGUCUGAUAUUGAUGCAGUGUUAAAGAAUUUUGGAGCACAGCCAGGCGUUAUAGGAUCAAUGGUUCUAAAGCUUAAUGGUCAAACUGUUAAAAGCACAUUUUCAGAUCAAGAAACAUUAAAAUACGCUGGAUUAAUUACAGAAUUUGUCAGAAAAGCAAAAUCUUCGCUCGAAAAUACGCUUGUAUCAAGCCCUUUGAAUGUGAUUCGCAUAAGAUCACAUAAAAAUGAAAUUAUAAUUACUCCUGAUAACGAUUAUUUGUUGGUUGUUGUACAGGAUGCAUCAGCAUCUCCAUAA